AUGAAGCAUGGGUCGUUGGAAGCCGUUCUUUGGACAGCCUUGGUCGGUGUGGCUGAGGAUAGCAUUCUGGAGGUUAACGGCGUUUCAGGCGGCCGCUCUGUCCGAUGCAUAUGGGCACAGUACAUGGAGCGAUCCAUAUUGGCAGGGGAUGUCGUGGAGAUGCUCGAGAGAUGCAAAGCUGAUGACACGCUCAAGCCUGGUGCCCACCACGAGUUCGCAUUCUCUGUCGUCUCAGCGCGUUUGCGAACGUCCCACAUUCCCGACCAUUUCCACAGUUCGCAUUGCGCCGCAUCCGCCCCGCCAAGGAUGAAGCUGUGCCGAUGCUUGACGUACGAGCACUUGGUGGAGGAUUUGGAAAAGCUUCUCCGGCGGAAGGAGUGCGGGCCCAUUAUGGUGCGGCUGUCGUGGCACGAUGCCGGCAUCUACAACGGCGCAGAUGGAUGCCCGAACGCCGCAUUGCGUUUGCCCGGUGGAGGCGAGCAUGCACUCGCAGCGAAUGCUGGCUUGCCACAGAUUGCACUUCCUUUGCUAGAGACUGUGGCCGUGAAGUAUGUACCUCGACUGAUCUCUCAUGCAGAUCUUUGGGCUCUAGCUGCCAACGUGGCCAUCAAGGUCAUGGGAGGUCCAGAGAUCACCACACGCUUUGGACGCUUAGCGGGUCACCUCAACGAGGGCGUGUCCACAGCGGCGGGGCGGCUUCCGGACAGCUGUGAUGCACGGUGUCUCCAUGCCAUGGCCUAUGAUGUGGUGCAUGCGAGGGUGCGUGUGACUUUCAUAGUCUUGUUCGCAGGAGCUGUCACUUGGACCGCUCUGGUUUCGACGGAGCUUGGACAGCAGCUUGGCCCUCGGCUCCUCGGAUCACUGAAUCUCAGAGUGCACACCGUUCUCACGUGUGCAGAGUCCAAGACCAUGAUGCUGACAACGGACAUGGCGCUGGUCAAUGAUCCCGACUUCAAAAGGUAUGUCAUCCAGUUCGCCGAUGACCAAAAGUCUUGGUUUUCGGAGUUCGACAAGGCUUGGAUGCGUUUGCAAGAGCUCGGUUGCAGUCCCAAGCUCAGCCGAAGUGCGGCUGGUUCGCUGGUUCGUGAUGUGCACUCCGAAAGGCAAAGAGGCCUGUUCCGAAUGGAAGUUUGUGGAGAUGUGCUUGUCAAGGCGAGCUGCGCGAUGUCCUCUGAGUCAGCCAGAAUAACAUAG